GUAUGAGUCUCUUUCCUCCGUCAGUGAAGCCACCGUGAUACAGCCGCGACGGUUAGCUAGCUAGCUUGUUAGCUAGCGUGUUAGCUAAUCAUGGCGGUUGACGUCCAUCAGCGCACCUGUCUGUCUGGUGUGAUGAUGACGACAUCCCUGAAGAUUUGGUGUCUCCUGCCCAUCGCUGCCUUCCUCCUCCUGUCCUUCGUUCCCACAGUAGCUGAAGUGGUGGAUUCAAUGAGAGACUGUGACCAGUUUCUCCUCGACAACACUCCACCACAGGUCCCAGGAAUCUUGGAGGGCGGCAACAUCAUGAACAAGAGCCGAUACAAACCCAUCUGCCAGACUUUCAAGAAUGAGAGAAGGUUUGUGACGCUCUACGACACACAGAACAAGAUUCCAGUGUUUUCUGCUUACAAGUACAGAGGGGAACAAGACAAGGGAAGACCCCGAACCCCUUGGAAGAUAGAGCCAGAGCUUGAAGAAAAGAAUACCAACAACAUGAGGGAUGACCGAUACAGCCACCAGGCCUCUAACGAUGAUUAUAAAAACAGCACAGUCUACAACAGGGGCCAUUUAUUUCCAACUUCUCAUGCAUUUGAUAGAAAUGAUAAAAUAUCAACCUUCACCCUGACAAACAUCGUUCCACAAGCGGUGUCUUUCAACGGUGGCAGCUGGCAAAAAAUGGAGAGCUGCGUCCAGUGUGUCCUGCAGAAGUACUGCAUCAACAAUAAUAAUGUCAUUGAAGGUUUUGUAGUCACUGGAGCGCAGCCCAGCGAGAACAACAAACUCAACAACAAGGUUAAUAUUCCCUCCAUCCUUUGGUCCGCUUUCUGCUGUUACAGUCACAGCAUGGCCAAGUGGUUGGCAAGCGCACACUGGGGUGACAAUGUUGCAGAAGAUUCAUCUAAAUAUCUGCAGACAAAGACUUUGGCAGAACUCCAUCAAGAACUGAGCGUUAAUGUGUUUCCUGGAUCUCAGUGUCCCCUUCAAACAACUGUUGCUGAGUUUUACCCAGAAAUUAAUGCUAAAAACAAAUUUUGUAAAUGCCCACCCCAAGUUUCAACUACAUCUGCCCCUCUUAAUACCACAACUAGCUUUACCUCAACUACUGCUACAACCAAUUUCAGCGCCACUAUAUCUUCCACUAGUGAAACAACUACUACCAACAAUACAACAACUACUACUUCUGCUACAAGAGGCACCACCACCAUUACCACAACCACUACUGCAACCACAAAGAAUGAAGACAACUCUUCCCAGGAAAAUGAUGAUGAUGGGCAAGGAGGAAAUCAGGGAGGAUCAGGAGGAGUUGGUGGUGGUUUAGUAGGAGGAGUUAGUGGUGGUUUAGUAGGUGGUGGUGGUGUAGGAGGAGUUGGUGGUAGUGUAGGAGGAGUUGGUGGUGGUGGUUUAGGAGGAGGUGGUGGUGGUGGUGUAGGAGGAGAUGGUGGUGGUGUAGGAGGAGUUGGUGGUAGUGUAGGAGGAGGUGGUGGUGGUGUAGGAGGAGUUGGUGGUGGUGUAGGAGGAGUUGGUGGUAGUGUAGGAGGAGGUGGUAGUGGUUUAGUAGGUGGUGGUGGUGGUGUAGGAGGAGUUGGUGGUGGUUUAGGAGGAGUUGGUGGGAGUCAAUCCCUCUACUGCUGUUUCUCCAGCUAUAAGUACCACGAUACCUGCGACUAA